AUGGGAACCCCACCGGAGUUCAAGAGGGAAGAUCCUGAUGCCGGAAACGAUCCGGAAGUAGGAUCGGCAACUACAAGCGUCGAAUUACGAAAGUUGAAGCGACAGUCAAGUCCUGAUUUUCAGUCAGAUUUGCCCCAUAGGGCUAAGAAGCCUCAAAGGUCCAAGUCGGAAGAUCUAGAGAAUGUUAGUGGGUCCCCAUCUCCAACUCAUCUCGAAUUAAAGCCUCAGAAUACGAACAAUGGAAGUCAACAGAUGACAACAGGCCACCGACCAGUUACUUCAUGUACACAUUGUAGACAGCAUAAGAUCAGAUGUAAUGCAAGUGAGAAUUUUCCUGCUCCGUGUUCUCGUUGUGAAAGGAUGGGACUUCAUUGUGAGAUAGAUCCGCAGUUCAGGCCUAAGAAAGGAUCCCAAUUACAAAACUUGCGCAGAGAUGUUGACGAGCUAAAGCUGAAGAUUGAGUAUUUGACAAGAAAUGAGAGUUUGAUUGCGAAAGCCCUGCAGGGAAAUGAAUUAGGGCAGGAAUUGACUAAGACUUUGAAAGCGAUAGACAUCUCCAAGAUCAAUCAACUUUUCAUCAAACCACGUCAGCGGUUACUCCAGCGGCCUUUGAGGAAGAAUGUGUUGGAACAGAAACCGCCUGAAAGAAAAGUGUCAGUGCAGACGUUCUUGGCCAGAGAACCUCAUUUAUUACAAGAGGAUCCCAAACCUUCAUCAACAAGUUCACCAAAUGAUGGCCACAGUAUUAGGUGUGAUACUUCCAUGAAACAGCCCUAUUUGUUGAACGAUUCUGCGCCCCAUAAGGACUCGUUACCUCCGGUGUUGCAAAUGGCUUUACAAAGAAAUACAUCCGUCUGCGAAACUUCUACUGAUGCAUCUGAGCUCAAUAGUCCAGCCAAUUCUUCAAUAAGCUCGCAUUCCGCUUCCAAGAAAAGCACUCAUAGUAGACUAAGUGAUGAGAAGAGUGGUGAUAAAGAUGCAUCGAUUGCAAAUAAGAAGUCACCUGUUGUUGCCACUACUAAUGCUAUACCACUUUUACCUUCCCCCUAUGCCAGCAUCGAUGAAUUUGUGAUCGGCGAUGUCAGAAUUUCUAUAGACAAGGCUAAUGAACUGCACCGUAUCUUUGUGACGAAAUAUCUUCCUUAUUUUCCAAUUUUCAGUUCUAAUUCAGCUACUGAACUUUAUUCGCAAUCACAGCUUUUGUUCUGGACUGUUAUGUUGACUGCCUGUCUCUCCGAUCCCGAACCAUCCUUGUACAUGAAGCUCUCCUCGCUCAUUAAACAACUGGCUAUUGAAACAUGUUGGAUACGAACUCCAAGGUCUACUCACAUCUCACAAGCCCUUCUAAUUCUGUGCAUAUGGCCACUACCCAAUCAAAAAGUUCUAGAUGACUGCUCCUACAGGUUCGUGGGGCUAGCCAAGUCUCUAUCCUAUCAAUUAGGACUGCAUAGAGGAGAAUUCAUUUCAGAGUUCACCAGAACACAGACUUCGAUGCCAGAUGCCGAAAAAUGGAGAACCAGAACUUGGCUAGGUAUUUUCUUCGCCGAGCUUUGCUGGGCCAGCAUACUGGGGUUACCACCAACUUCUCAAACAGAUUUUCUGAUAGAGAACGCACGGUUUGGUCAAGAUGAAGAAGACAGUGAUACUUCGCAGAACCAUUCUGACAAAGAUCUUAAAAAUAAUCAGGAGGGGACUAACUCUGAGGACCAAUCUUCAACAGGCGGAAACACCAAUGCCAAAAACGGCAGUGGUGAUCAACAAAAGCAGGAAAAAUCUCUUGAGUCGGACGGUAACAAAUUGCCGAGAAGUUUCCGCAGAUUGAUAUGUCUCGCCAAUUUCCAAGCCAAGCUAUGCAAGGUCAUGGGGUCGAGCGUAGUAAGUGUUGACGGUCUUAUGGAGUCGAGGGAUAGAGCCAGCUCACUAGCCAUUUUGGAGAGAGAAUUGGAACUUCUUGACCGAAAGUUAAAUUUUGAGCAAGAUACUGGUGUUCAAAUAUACCAUUUAUAUGUCAAACUCAUGGUUUGCUGUUUCGCCUUUUUACCGGGAACCCCAACAGAAGAUCAAAGCCAGUAUGUGACCGAAGCGUACCUUGGUGCUACCAAAAUAGUGACAUUGUUGACGAGUCUUCUCGAGACUCGGCAACUCAUUGAGCUGCCGAUCUAUAUCAGACACAGCACCACUUUUGCCGCUUUGAUCCUGUUCAAGCUGCAAUUGACACCCUUGCUGUUGAAUAAGUACCUUGAUUCUGCUCGUCAGUCCAUCGUUACAGUACACAGGGUUUACAGAAACCAACUUAGUGCCUGGGCCACUGCUGUGGAGAAUGACAUCUCUAGAACAGCAAGUGUUUUAGAAAAGCUAAACUUUGUUCUCAUUACCCAUCCAACAGUAUUUGUUGAAGAGGACGGAAUCAUAUCGCGUAUGAGAUCGCACUUAACAGAUUCCUUGUUUUACGAUUUGGUUUGGUGCAUUCAUGAAGCUCGGAGAAGGGAAAUGGACCCUAAGUACAAUGAAGAAGCCUUAGCUAAAGCCUCAAGCAAACGUAAAACUAACGGUGACGAUUUCUUGCCUACUACAGACAGGAAACUGCAUCCCCUUCCCUUUUACAACCAAAUCUCAAAGGAGGAUUUUGAGACAAUAAUACAGACAACGCCUAAUGGUACUACUGUCACUAAAUUGGUGCCCACAAAAACUGCACUUAAAAAUGCCAGACAACUCGCCAAGGCAAACAAGGACUCUGACGGAGCGAUUGUUGAGAUCAAUGGUAUCCCGCUAUCCAUGCUGGAUGAGACAGGUAGUGUCAACUUGGAGAGCAUUCCUAAUUAUGUCAAUCGUCAAGCGUUUACUGUCGGUCUAGACAAGCCCGCACAACCCGUGGGGUCUUCAAAUUUCCCAAGUACUUUGCAAGUGGCAAACAAAACACCACUGGGCUCAACGGAGCCUAUUUCCCAGCAACCAAGUCCAUCUGUUGUCCCAAGAAACGCUGAGAGUGAUAACGAAGAAAGCCGUGCUACAAGCUUCGAUAUCGCUGCAGUUAAGGUAGCCAAGGACAACAUGAGUAUGCAAAGAUCUAGCAGCACAUCUGCGGCUCAUGUACCGCAUAGAGUAGACUCUGGCAUAACGUCGAUGAAACCGCAUUCUAAUUCAUUGUUUGUGAUGAACAAUUCCUUGGCUUCCAACCUUACGCUAAACAGAUCGAUACCUCAGUCGCAAAGGCCAUCCCAAAGCGCUGCCGCGAGGUCAACUAGCCUAAGUGAAGCUACGGCAAGGAGUCCAAACUCAGACAGUUUCACCAAUCUCAGUAUGUUCCUACAAAGCGCUUCGCCCAAUUUCAAUCCUGCCGAAACAGCACAUGUCGGUAGUGGUAACAACAGCGUUAACAGACCAGCUAUUGGCCAGCUUUCCGAUCUCGAGACGUUUUUUCAACAGCAAAGUACUGGUUGGAUUGAAGGAAAUUCGGUCAAUGACGACUUCCUGGGGUGGUUUGACAUGAACAUGGAACCUGAGUUUUGA